AUGGCGAGUAAGGACGCCAUUUCCAGCGAUGUCCGGGACUCACUGUCUCCCUCUGGAGAGGAGGACAGAAAAGCUUCGGCCGAGAUUAAUCUCUACCAUGAUGCUCUGGCUGCAGCUGGAGACUACCAGGGCAAGCCAACAGAGGUCGAGCUCAAGACUCUUCGACGAGUUCCAGGCAAGAUGCCUACCAUCGCCUACCUCAUCUGUACAGUGGAGUUCUGCGAGCGGGCGUCCUACUAUGGUGUCCAACAGCUCAUCGGCAACUUCGUGAAUCGGCCGCUACCUGAAGGUGGCAAUGGGUACGGAGCUCCUCCAAGAGGCACACAAGAGACUGCUGGUGCGCUGGGUCUUGGCGGUGUCAAGGCCAAUGCUGUCUCGCAGUCCUUCUCCAUGCUUGUGUACGUCCUGCCCGUCCUCUUCGGAUGGCUCGCGGAUACCCGUGUUGGUCGCUUCAAGCUCAUCUGCUGGGGUGUGUUGGCCUUCGGUGUUGCCCACGUCCUCAUGUGCGUCUCUGCCGCGAAGCCGCUGCUCGCGGACGGCAGCGCUGUGACGCCGUACCUGCUCUCGCUCUACAUUCUGGCAAUCGGUGCUGCGAUGUUCAAGCCCAACGUGUCCCCCCUCCUGCUGGACCAGAUGGUCACCCGAGUGCCGAAGGUCGUCACAGCCAAGAAUGGCGAAACAGUGAUCGAAGACCCCGAGGCGACAACAGAGAGAGUCAUGUUGUGGUUCUAUCUCCUGAUCAACGUUGGAGGUUUCAUGGGGGUUGCAACGACCUACGCCGAGAAGUACGUCGGAUUCUGGCUGGCAUUUCUGCUCCCACUGCUACUAUACCUGCCUUUGCCACUUCUUCUCUGGUUCCUUAAGCCACGCCUGGUCCACCACCCACCUGGAGGUAACGAACUCGGCCGCGUGUUCAGAAUAAUCGCAGUGUCUUUGCGCCGUGGUGGGCUCAGCAAGAUUGGAAGACACGGAUUCUGGGAUCUCGCUAAGCCAAGCAACAUUGCCGCGGCCGGUCUUAGCAUUCAGACCUCAUGGAACGACGAGUUCGUUGAGGAUGUGAGACGUGCAUUCCAGGCCACUGGAAUGUUCUGUUUCUUUCCAAUCCAGUACCUCAACGACAACGGUAUCGGCGGCGCAGCGGGCUACCUGUCUACUAUGUUGACAACCAACGGUGUCCCCAACGACGUCGUCCAGAACUUCAACAGCUUGAGCAUCAUCCUCGCCAUCCCAGUCUUCAACUAUGGAAUCUAUCCGUUCUUCCGCAAAGUGAAGUUUCACUACGGACCUGUGUCUCGUAUUGUCACUGGUCUCGCUAUGUCUACCAUUGGCGGCGUGGGUUACACCGUGCUGAACUACUACGCCUACCAGCAGUCUCCCUGCGGCGACUAUGGCUCAACCGACUGCACUGUCGGCACUGGCGUUGCUCCUAUUACCAUUUGGUGGAUGGCUAUACCAUACGGCCUCGGCGGUAUCUCUGAGAUUCUCGUCAACGUCCCAGCUUACGGUAUCGCGUACUCCCGCGCACCGGCUAACAUGAGAGGCUUGGUCUCGGCCAUGAACUUGUUCAACACCGGAGUCGCAUACGCCAUCGGCUUGGCCUGCUCUUCAGUCAUUCGCGAUCCUUACCUCACUUGGGAUUUUGGUGGUGUCGCUAUUGCUGGUGCUAUCCUGACUGUCGUCUUUUAUGUCUUGUUCCGACAUAUCGACAAGGAGGAAUACACGCUUAAUGAUGCCGAGGAGAACGCUGUGUCAAGGAAGCUUUCGGUUAACCCAAAUGACCCUGUGAUGUCAAUGGAUCCGGAGAAGACGAUCUCGACGAUCUAA